AUGCUUCGUCAUUCUACCCCCACGACCCCAUCAUCUCCACCCUCUCUUGCCUACAUCCCGUCCGACCCAUCUCUACUCCUCUCUUCGAACGACCUCUUUUCGAGCAUCCCCCCUUCCAACGUCCUCCCUUCAUUUCUGAUUAAGUACUCGUUUCAUCUCCCACGCUCUAAGGAGGCCAACUUUUCUCCCCACACUUCCGCCCCCCUUGCUCACACCUUAACAAGACUACAUCGCCAGGAGCAUUUCUUGCCCACUAGCCGUGGAAAUUGGGCUUUUUCUUUGUCUACUCUUCUCUUCAUAUGUGCCCUGUUCCCUAAGCCGGUCCUCUGUCUCUUGCUUUCCUAUUCUCUCGAUUUCAUCCACUUUCUCUCCACUUCAGACUGGUCCAUUGUGUGCAAUGAAGGGGUUCAACGAAGGCCACGGGCGAAAAGCCGAUUUGUUGGGCUAGAUCUGCUUGAGCAGCAGCAAUUGGUGCGCCUUGGACCGAAUUGCCGUCCAUUGUGCACAUUAAGGCCUUCGAAGUGUUCACCAGAUUUGGCUGGAAUCGGGCCAAUUUCGUUAUGA